CGGGCGAGGGGCGCAGCGAGCUGAGGCGGCGGCCUGCGUGGAGCCCGCGAGCUGGGGCCGCGGCCCGCACCGGCGAGAAUUACAGAAUCUCUACUGAGAAGAAAAAAAAUGUUUGCUGCAAGGCCUAAUGCUUGGCAGAAACAAUUGCUACCAUUUGCAUCGUAGAAUUCUCAAGAUGUUACUUCUUAGAGCUUGUUCCUGGAAACCUGAAUUCCUUUGUGGGAAUGGAGUUGAUGGCAGCACGCCCUGGACGUCUCUGCGCUGCCAGUAGUCCUGAGGCAGAACCGCAGAGAAGCAAGAAAAUGGACUCCCUUCUACAGUCUGCAGUGUGAGCAUGUGCCAGAGUUUGCAACCUGUUGGAAGAAAACAACAUCAAGACCAUCAUUGAAUGUCUAAAAUACAUUUGUACUGGCGAUUUUCCUCCUGGAACCAAAGGAAAUACAUUUGUUCAUGAUCCCAAGGUUGCUCAAGAAACAGAUGUUAGAGCCCAGAUUCGUCUGCGGUUUCGUGAUGUCAAUGGAGAACUUAUAGCUGUGCAGAGAGCUAUGGUGUGUACUCAGAAAAGCAAAAAGACGGAAUUUAAAACCCUGGAAGGAGUCAUUACUAGAACAAAGCAUGGUGAGAAGGUCAGUCUCAGCUCUAAGUGUGCAGAAAUUGACCGAGAGAUGAUAAGUUCUCUUGGUGUUUCCAAGUCUGUGCUAAAUAAUGUCAUUUUUUGUCACCAAGAAGACUCUAAUUGGCCUUUAAGUGAGGGAAAGGCCCUGAAGCAAAAAUUUGAUGAGAUUUUUUCAGCAACAAGGUACAUUAAAGCCUUGGAAACACUUCGGCAGGUACGUCAGACACAAGGUCAGAAAGUAAAAGAAUGUCAAACAGAAUUAAAAUAUUUGAAGCAAAAUAAGGAAAAAGCUUGUGAGAUACGUGAUCAGAUUACUAGUAAGGAAGCCCAGUUAACAUCAUCAAAGGAAAUUGUCAAAUCCUAUGAGAACGAACUUGAUCCAUUGAAGAAUCGUCUAAAAGAAAUUGAACAAAAUCUCUCUAAAAUAAUGAGACUUGACAAUGAAAUUAAAGCCUUGGAUAGCCGAAAGAAGCAAAUGGAGAAAGAUAAUAGUGAACUGGAACAGAAAAUGGAAAAGGUUUUUCAAGGGACUGAUGAGCAACUAAAUGACUUAUAUCACAAUCACCAGAGAACAGUAAGGGAGAAAGAAAGGAGACUGGUAGACUGUCAGCGUGAACUGGAAAAGUUAAAUAAAGAAUCAAGGCUUCUCAAUCAGGAAAAAUCAGAACUGCUUGUUGAGCAGGGUCGUCUACAGCUACAAGCAGAUCGGCAUCAAGAACAUAUCCGAGCUAGAGAUUCAUUAAUUCAAUCUUUGGCAACACAGCUAGAAUUGGACGGCUUUGAGCGUGGACCAUUCAGUGAAAGACAUAUUAAAAAUUUUCACAAACUUGUGAGAGAGAGGCAAGAAAGGGAAGCAGAAAUUGCCAGCCAACUGAUGAAUGACUUUGCAGAAAAAGAGACUCUGAAACAAGAACAGAUAGAUGAGAUAAGGGAUAAGAAAACUGGACUGGGAAGAAUAAUUGAGCUAAAAUCAGAAAUCCUAAGUAAGAAGCAGAAUGAGCUGAGAAAUGUGAAGUAUGAAUUACAGCAGUUGGAAGGAUCUUCAGACAGGAUUCUUGAACUGGACCAGGAGCUCUCAAAAGCUGAACGUGAGCUAAGCAAGGCUGAGAAAAACAGCAAUGUAGAAGUUCUAAAAACAGAAGUAAUAAGCCUUCAAAACGAGAAAGCAGACCUAGACAGGACCCUGCGUAAAUUGGACCAGGAGAUGGAACAGUUAAACCAUCAUACAACAACACGCACCCAGAUGGAAAUGCUGACCAAAGACAAAGCUGACAAAGAUGAACAAAUUAGAAAAAUAAAAUCUCGACACAGUGAUGAAUUAACUUCAUUGUUAGGAUAUUUUCCCAACAAAAAACAGCUUGAAGACUGGCUUCAUAGUAAAUCAAAAGAAAUUAAUCAGACCAGGGACAGACUGGCCAAAUUGAACAAAGAACUAGCUUCGGCUGAGCAAAAUAAAAAUCAUAUAAAUAAUGAACUAAAAAGGAAAGAAGAGCAGUUGUCCAGUUAUGAAGACAAGCUGUUUGAUGUUUGUGGUAGCCAGGACUUUGAAAGUGAUUUAGAUAGGCUUAAAGAAGAAAUUGAAAAAUCCUCAAAACAGCGAGCCAUGCUAGCUGGAGCUACAGCAGUUUACUCUCAAUUCAUUACUCAGCUAACGGAUGAAAACCAGUCAUGUUGCCCUGUCUGUCAGAGGGUUUUUCAAACAGAAGCUGAAUUACAGGAAGUCAUCAGUGAUUUGCAGUCUAAGCUGCGGCUUGCUCCAGAUAAACUCAAGUCAACAGAAUCAGAACUAAAGAAAAAAGAAAAGCGGCGUGAUGAAAUGCUGGGACUUGUCCCUAUGAGGCAAAGCAUAAUUGAUUUGAAGGAAAAGGAAAUACCAGAAUUAAGAAACAAACUGCAGAAUGUCAAUAGAGACAUACAGCGCUUAAAGAAUGACAUAGAGGAACAGGAAACGCUCUUAGGCACAAUAAUGCCUGAAGAAGAAAGUGCUAAAGUUUGUCUGACAGAUAUUACAAUUAUGGAGAGGUUCCAGAUGGAACUUAAAGAUGUUGAAAGAAAAAUUGCACAACAAGCAGCUAAGCUGCAAGGACUAGACUUGGAUAGAACUGUUCAACAAGUAAACCAGGAAAAACAAGAAAAACAACACAAAUUAGAUACAGUUUCCAGUAAGAUGGAAUUGAAUCGUAAGCUUAUACAGGACCAGCAGGAACAGAUUCAAUACCUAAAAAGUACAACAAAUGAACUUAAAUCAGAGAAACUUCAGAUAUCCACUAAUUUACAACGUCGACAGCAAAUGGAGGAACAGACUGUGGAAUUAUCCACUGAAGUUCAGUCCUUAUCCAGAGAGAUAAAGGAUGCUAAAGAGCAGUUAAGCCCUUUGGAAACAAUAUUGGAGAAGUUCCAACAGGAAAAAGAAGAAUUAAUCAACAAAAAAAAUAAAAGCAACAAAAUAGCACAGGAUAAAAUGAAUGAUAUCAAAGAAAAGGUUAAAAAUAUUCAUGGUUAUAUGAAAGACAUUGAGAAUUAUAUUCAAGAUGGGAAAGAUGACUAUAAGAAGCAAAAAGAAAAUGAACUUAAUCAAGUAAUAGCUCAACUAAGUGAAUGUGAGAAACACAAAGAAAAUAUAAAUAAAGAAAUGGGAAUCAUGAGACAAGAUAUUGAUACACAGAAGAUCCAAGAGAGAUGGCUACAGGAUAACCUUACUUUAAGAAAAAGAAAUGAGGAACUAAAAGAAGUUGAAGAAGAAAGAAAACAGCAUUUGAAGGAAAUGGGUCAAAUGCAGGUUUUACAAAUGAAGAAUGAACAUCAGAAGUUGGAAGAAAAAAUAGACAAUAUAAAAAGAAAUCACAGUUUGGCAAUAGGACGACAGAAAGGCUACGAGGAAGAAAUUAUUCAUUUUAAAAGAGAACUUCGAGAACCUCAAUUUCGGGAUGCAGAGGAAAAGCACAGGGAAAUGAUGAUUGUUAUGAGAACAACAGAGCUUGUGAACAAGGAUCUUGACAUUUAUUAUAAGACCCUUGAUCAAGCAAUCAUGAAAUUUCACAGUAUGAAAAUGGAGGAAAUCAACAAAAUUAUACGUGACCUUUGGCGAAGUACCUAUCGUGGACAAGAUAUUGAAUACAUAGAAAUUCGGUCUGAUGCCGAUGAAAAUGUAUCCGCUUCUGAUAAAAGGCGGAAUUAUAACUACCGCGUGGUGAUGCUAAAAGGAGACACAGCCUUGGAUAUGAGAGGACGAUGCAGUGCUGGACAAAAGGUACUGGCCUCACUCAUCAUUCGUCUGGCGUUGGCUGAAACAUUCUGCUUGAACUGUGGCAUCCUUGCCUUGGAUGAGCCAACAACAAAUCUUGACCGAGAAAACAUUGAGUCUCUUGCACAUGCUCUUGUUGAGAUAAUUAAGAGUCGCUCACAGCAGCGUAACUUCCAGCUUCUGGUCAUCACUCACGAUGAAGAUUUUGUAGAGCUCUUAGGCCGCUCUGAAUAUGUGGAGAAAUUCUACAGGAUUAAGAAGAACAUCGAUCAGUGCUCAGAGAUUGUGACAUGUAAUGUUAGCUCCCUGGGUUCUUACGUUCAUUAAAAAUAGUCAAGAUUUUGCCUUAAAAAUA